UAAAAAAAGAUAUUUGCAAAGAAGAUAAUAUAGCAAAAGAAGAUAUUUGCAAAAAAGAUAAUACAAAAAAUAUUUGUGGAGGUAGUAAUAUAGAAAAAGAAAAUAUUGGUGAUGAUGAUACAACUAGAAGAUAUAGAAAAUAA